CUGAGUUUUUCCCUCGAAAAACCAUUCAGAUCCCAAAAAAUGUUGCAGCGUUGGCACGUACAAUAAUAAAUUGCUCGGGUUUUGUGUGUGUUUUGUGUGUGUGCUGGUGUGUGCAGGUGUAUGACGACUGCUUGUGCUCCAUCUGUGUCUGCUGCUGAUGAGUAAAGCCGUGAAAUAGAUCCAGCUGGAGAUGCUUGGAGGAGACCGAGGCCUCCUGGGAAAUCAUCCACACCUCCGGCAGCACCGUGGCCACUUCUUUAGCACCCCAGAGAGCUAUCAAUAAUGAUUGUCUGCUAACAUCAGUGUAUACCUGAAGAUAAAUGGAGGAACAUGGUGCACAUCAAUGAAAGCAAAGUGUGAUCAUGCAACCCCAUUCUGAUCAAACAUCAACAGGAUGCAGUGGAACAAGUUGGAUUCCCAGAGGCCCCACUGGACAACCCAGAAACCCAAAGGAUCCACUGCCAACGUCCUGGUCCAGACCCCAUAGGACCCCCUGAGAGGUCCUCUGGUCCAGGCCCAAUGGUUCAGACCAAUUUGGACCACAUAAGGUGGACCAACACAAUAUUAGGAUGUUUUGAUCAACGGCUGUUUGGUGACCCAGCUCUUCUUCCUAAACGCCGAGCCCUGGGAAACGGCAAUUAGCUAGAUUAGAAGAGCCAUUUGUGGAGCCUCGAACAAAGACAAAGGUAGAUCAGACGCUUCGUGGAGCUGUCAUGGCCCCUCCUGUGAUUGGCUGCCGCCUGUUGCCUGCCGGAUAAAAAGCGCAGCGGAGGAGAGCGCACUGAUAAAGAGGAGCAUCUCUGCUCAGCGCACCGGGGACUCCAGCUUUUAAUCUCUUUGGAAAGAAAAAGUGGAAUCCCGCCGCCAUGACGGGGAAGGAGGGAGCUGUGCUUUCAGACACCGAGAACAAACAGAAAUCAGCCUCGCAGACCACCGUGAACCACGCCGGGCCCCAGCAGCCGUCCCCGGGCUGGAAGAUGGCCCCCACCGUGCAGCGGCGCACCGGCUUCGGCAUCCAGGAGCUGCUCGGCCUCAACAAGGAGCCUCCGGCGGCGCCGAGGCGGCCGCUGGAGGCUCUGCCGCACAGAGCGCACGUCCUGGCGGCCCGCUCCGCUCUGGGCCACGGCGGGCUCGGGGUCGGUAUGGGUUUACUGGGACCGGAGGGAAUACACUCGUUUUACAGCCAGCCCGCUUUUCUGGAGGUGCUGUCAGAGGCGCAGAAUGUGCACCUGCAGCCGCUUCACAGGACGGCGCACAUGGACGCACAGAUGGAUGCGCAACACUCCGCCAGCUCCGAUUCCGAUGAUCUGAGCUCCUCCGGCGACCAAAAAUUCUCCAAAUCCUCCAUGAAUCAGAGCAAGAAGAGGAAGAAAAGACGACACAGAACCAUCUUCACAUCCUUUCAGCUGGAGGAGCUGGAGAAAGCUUUUAAUGAAGCUCACUAUCCAGACGUUUACGCCAGAGAGAUGCUGUCCAUGAAGACCGAGCUGCCAGAGGACAGGAUACAGGUGUGGUUUCAGAACCGCAGAGCAAAGUGGAGGAAGAGGGAGAAGUGUUGGGGUCGCAGCAGCGUGAUGGCAGAGUACGGUCUGUACGGAGCGAUGGUCCGACACUCCAUCCCCCUGCCAGAGUCCAUCCUCAAGUCAGCCAAGGACGGCAUCACGGACUCCUACGCUCCCUGGCUACUGGGGAUGCAUAAGAAGUCUGUUGAAACCACACACCCGUCUCCAGGAAAAGCCAGCAGCCUGACUCCUCCACCUCCUCCUCCUCCUCCUCCUCCACCACCAGCAGCACUACAGGAGAAAACGGUGGACAAAGCGAUGGAGGAGGAGAAGCAGAAGCAGAGCAAAGACACAAACUCGCCGAUUUCGAAGGAGGAGCUGAGGGAGAACAGUAUCGCUGCGCUGCGAGCGAAGGCGCAGGAGCACAACGCCAAAAUGCUCGGGACAGUUUCUGACAAAACGACGCACAAAAAUGAGGCCGAGGAUCAGGAGACGGAGCAGGAGAUGGCAGACAAGGAGGAGGGCAACUGAAAGGAAAACAGACUGAUGGAGAAAACACCUGCAGGACGUAGUUUUGAACAUUUCUCUCAGGCAGGAGUUUUGUCUUAUUGGUUGAGUUGAACCUUAAUACAUGCAUCUAAACUGCAAUCACAACUGUAAACAAAAAGGUUUCUUUAGUUCAUCAACUCGACUGAUCACAUCGUUUCUGCCUGUUUGAUCGAAGAAAUACACGAAAGUUCAACAGUUUGGGGUUACGAAAUGUCCUUAUUAUUGAAAGAUUUUUUUUUUCAAUGAAGAUAACAUUAAAUUCAUCAGAAAUACAGUCUAGUCAUUGUUAACCCUUACACUGAUUGGACCCUACAUUCUUCCAUAAGUGGGUUAAAAUGACUCAUCUUAUGAAUCAAUGUGUUUUUAUGCCAUUUUUGUCAUUUCAGUUAAGAAUAACUAUCAUUUUUUUGUCCAUACAAGAAACAUUUGAUGCUUGAAAUGUGUUUAUUUUUCACUUUGUAGCCGAUUUUUAACAUUUUUAUAAUUGGAAAAAGAAGAAUAUCACACAAAGCAGCAGUAGAUGAAUGUCAGCACUGACAUUUUUCUACUCUUUUCCUCCAGCUGUUGCUGCUCUCUGUCCCUCCAAGUUUGUGCAUCACCUCUUGUAUGAUAUUAUCAGUGAUAAAGAGGCUGGGCUAAUAGUACAAAUAUCACAAUUUAUUUAAAAAAAUCAAAAAUAACUUACAAAUUUAAAAGGAAUCAUAUCAAAAACAUGUUUUUAGGUGGAAAAUGAAAUGAUAAAAAUGUUUCAUUACAAAGAUAUUGAAAGAAAAUGACCUCACUGAGUAAUUUUUUAUUCACUUAUGCAUCUAAGGGGUCACGUGGUAAAUGACUAUUCUAUCUGGAAACAGCUGAUUUUUACUGGAAUAUCUCCAUAGGGGUGCAGAGGAACAUUUCCAGCAACCACCACUCUGUGCUCUAAUGCUACAUUGUGUUAGCUAAUGCUGUUGUUGCUAUCUGGGUGACCCCAAACUUUUGAACGGUAGUGUAAAGUCGACCAAAACUUAACCCUGUCAGGGAGGAAGCUCAAGCACAGAAACGGAUGUUCUGACAUGGAGCUGCGUUAGAAUAUAUACAAAUAUAUUUAUUUUCUUUAAGAUGCAGAGUUAACUGUGACAUGGCAGCUUUUGUACGCAAUAAAAGAAACACCUUUAUUACAGAUGGAUGGAGCAGAGAAGUGGAGAACUGGAUUUUAAUCUGCUACUGAGAAGUUUUUUUGACGUCUGAUAGAUUAUAAACCGGAGACUCUCACUGGUACGACUACAAAUCCUGUGAAAAAGAAGUUAAAACGGUUUCUUCUGGGUGUACAAACAAUUCCGCUGUACAUACUGAAAAUGCCCGUUAGUCAUUCCUGUACUAUGAUGUAUAGAAAACACCGAUUAUGUUUGUCUCUGUAUAAAUGUAACUGUAGUCUAAUUAAAGGUUAUACUGAUAUUUAAAAUCAGCCUGAA